AUGUUUGUAAAAUCUCUGGAACUAAGCCCUAAGAAUCAGUGUAACGCGAAGAUGGAGAAAGCAUACAACUCAAAAGAAAUUUCAAAAUGGGAAACUAUGAACAAAGACAUACUUGUCGCUAUCUUCAAUAAGCUCGACGUAAUGGAUCUUACCAUGGGAGCUUCACGCGUCUGCAUCUCUUGGUUCCUUGCCUCUCACGACAAAACUCUGUGGCAAACUGUUAAUCUCGCUAAGCUCCAACUAGUAGUCUUCUCUUACAGCCCCUGGUGGAAAACAGUCGUCUUGUACAAUCACCGAGUGGACGAUGAAGUAGAAGAAGUCCGCCCAAGCUUUAGGAAUGUUUUGGUUAAGAAGAUGAUUAACUUUUGCUCAUGUAUGCAAGGUGAAGUAGAGAAAGGCACAAGUCUGAGGAAACUACUGAUUGAGAUCACAAACUUUAGCGGUACUUUGCCGAAGAAUUUGAUUCUUAUAUAA